AUGGAGUGGGUGCAACCUCAGACGAUACAGCAAACUCUCAAGAGGACACUGCAGUAUUAUGAACAUCAAGUUAUUGGUUACAGGGAUGCAGAAAAGAAUUUCCACAAUAUCUCUAACAGAUGCUCCUAUGCAGAACACUCCAACAAAGAAGAAAUCGAAGAUGUCUCAGGAAUUCUUCAGUGUACUGCCAAUAUACUCGGUUUGAAGUUUGAGGAAAUUCAAGAAAGAUUUGGUGAAGAGUUCUUUAAUAUAUGCUUUCAUGAGAAUGAGAGAGUCCUUCGAGCUGUAGGUGGCACUUUGCAGGACUUUUUUAACGGCUUUGAUGCUUUGUUGGAACACAUUAGAACUUCUUUUGGAAAACAGGCCACUCUGGAGUCACCCUCUUUCCUAUGCAAAGAGCUUCCUGAAGGCACUCUCAUGCUCCACUACUUCCACCCUCACCAUAUUGUGGGGUUUGCAAUGCUGGGGAUGAUUAAGGCUGCAGGAAAGAAGAUCUAUCGGCUGGACGUGGAAGUGGAACAGGUUGCAAAUGAGAAGCUAUGCUCUGAUGUUUCAAACCCAGGCAAUUGUAGCUGUCUUACUUUCCUUAUCAAAGAAUGUGAAAAUACUAAUAUCAUGAAGAACCUUCCACAGGGAACCUCCCAAGUUCCUGCGGACCUCAGAAUUAGCAUCAACACCUUCUGCAGAGCCUUCCCUUUCCACUUGAUGUUUGACCCCAGCAUGUCAGUCCUUCAGCUGGGGGAAGGUCUAAGGAAGCAGCUUCGAUGUGACACUCACAAAGUGCUCAAGUUUGAGGACUGCUUCGAGAUUGUAUCUCCAAAGGUUAAUGCCACCUUUGAAAGGGUCCUACUGCGACUGUCUACCCCGUUUGUGAUUAGAACCAAGCCUGAGGCUUCUGGCUCUGAAAAUAAAGACAAGAGCAAGGAUGUCACUGAGGGGCAACUGACGCAGUUAUCAGUGGCAGGCUUCAACAGUCUUGAGGUGAUGGAAGUCAAAGGACAAAUGAUCCAUGUUCCAGAAUCAAAUUCCAUUUUAUUUUUGGGCUCUCCAUGUGUGGACAAGUUGGAUGAACUCAUGGGCCGAGGGCUACAUCUCUCAGACAUCCCUAUCCAUGAUGCCACCCGAGAUGUCAUUUUGGUUGGUGAGCAGGCAAAGGCCCAAGAUGGCUUGAAGAAAAGGAUGGAUAAAUUAAAGGCAACUUUAGAAAGAACUCACCAGGCCCUGGAAGAAGAGAAAAAGAAGACAGUGGAUCUUCUAUAUUCUAUUUUCCCUGGCGAUGUAGCCCAGCAAUUGUGGCAAGGGCAGCAAGUACAGGCCAGAAAGUUUGAUGAUGUCACCAUGCUCUUUUCAGACAUUGUUGGCUUCACAGCCAUAUGUGCCCAGUGUACUCCCAUGCAAGUAAUCAGCAUGCUGAAUGAACUGUACACCAGAUUUGACCACCAGUGUGGAUUUUUGGAUAUUUAUAAGGUGGAAACAAUAGGUGAUGCCUACUGUGUUGCAGCAGGGCUCCACAGAAAAAGCCUCUGCCAUGCUAAACCCAUUGCUCUGAUGGCCUUGAAGAUGAUGGAACUUUCAGAAGAGGUGCUGACACCUGAUGGAAGACCGAUUCAGAUGAGGAUAGGAAUUCACUCGGGCUCCGUGCUGGCUGGAGUUGUUGGGGUGCGAAUGCCACGUUAUUGCCUGUUUGGAAAUAAUGUCACGCUGGCAAGCAAAUUUGAGUCAGGAAGUCACCCUCGACGCAUCAAUGUCAGCCCAACCACUUACCAAUUAUUAAAACGGGAAGAAAGUUUCACAUUCAUUCCGCGGUCUCGUGAAGAGCUUCCAGACAACUUUCCAAAGGAAAUUCCUGGGAUCUGCUAUUUCCUGGAGGUAAGGACUGGUCCAAAGCCACCAAAGCCUUCUCUUUCUUCGUCGAGAAUAAAAAAGGUUUCCUACAACAUCGGCACCAUGUUCCUCCGGGAGACAAGCCUCUGAGACCUGCUACAGAACAAAGACUCCUCCAAAAAGCACAAGCCCAGAACAUGGGUCACCACAGCGGGGGUGGAAAGAGAUUGUGUCUCUUUCAUUGCUUUGUUGAGAACAAGCAGCAAAAUUUCUGUAUUAUGUCAGGCAAUAAUCCUACUAAAAGGUGGAGGUGACCGCUGUCAAUACAAAGCCGGAGGAUGAGGGAAA